AAAGCCGUAAAACAGUGCGUACGACCUGCCAGAAGAGAAGACAGGAGGCCUUAAAGCUUACAAAAGUGUAGACGAUGAAACUAGGAUUGACAAGGCAUACUUUCUAUUUAUAGGCAGUAUUAAAGUCUUUUUCACGAUGAUAAUAGAAAAUGUGGAUGCCUUGAAGUCGUGGCUUGCUAAACUCCUGGAGCCGAUAUGUGAAGCUGAUCCCUCUGCCUUGGCCAACUAUGUGGUGGCACUUGUGAAGAAAGACAAACCAGAGAAGGAGCUGAAAGCCCUUUGUGCUGACCAGCUCGAUGUUUUCCUACAAAAGGAAACUGUGAAGUUUGUUGAUAGCCUUUUUGAGUCGUUAACAACAAAAAACUACCUGGGUAACCCUGCUGCUAAGGAGGCUCCAAAAGAGGAGGUUAAACCUGCUGCAAACAAGGCUGACGUCGUUGAGGCCGAAACUCCAGAGGAGGAGAGAGAAAACAGACGCAGGAGGAGUCCCCUGAGAAACCGCCCUGACUUAAACGAAUCCAGGAGCCGCGAUGACAGGAGGCGGGACGAGCGCAAGCGGCGUGACUUCGAGCGGCAUGGGAAUAGAGAUCGCCACGAGCGGCGCAGAGGAAGCCCCCGUGGGAGGAGCUACAGCCGGAGCCGCAGCAGGAGCCGCAGCGGCAGCCGAGGAAAGAGCCGAGAUGGGGAGCACAGAGGAGGCAGAGAGUUCAAGUCCAAGUUUGAGGUGGAAAGAAAGGAUACAGACGGAUACAACGCCUCCAUUACAUCCGGCCCACAGCAGCAACAACAGCAGCAGCAGCAGCAGCUUCCACCGCCUCUCCUGCCCCUUCCUACCCCUCCACACCCCUUCUCCUCUGCUUCUUCAUCCGCCGGGGUCUCAGGAGCCGGAGGGGUUCCUAUAGUGACACCGGCCCACCUGCCUGACAGCACUACAGACAGCUGGUCCAUCUACUACAGCGCCCAGAGGCAGGAUGGCAUCGGGAAGCCCUUCAGCAGCAAGAAUACUCAUCUAAAGCAGCGAUGCAGGGAUUAUGAUGAAAAAGGAUUCUGUGUCCGUGGAGACCUUUGCCCCUUCGAUCACGGCAACGACCCUCUCAUCGUCGACGACGUCACCCUGCCCAAGAUGAUUCCUUUCCCUCCUCCUCCCGUCAUGCCUCCUGCCGGUUUGCCUAUGCCCCCGAUCACUGAGCCGCCCCCCUCGCUCAGGUUACCUGUGAUGCCCCCCUACCCCCAGCCACCGCCACCAGGUGUCUUCCCUAUGACAGGACCCCCACUGAUAGCUACCAGUGGGAUCGAUACCCCCAACCAUCAAUCUGCAAUCACUUCUUCUCCCCCCAUUGGACCACCCGGAGUGGGGCUCCCACCUACUCUUCCUCCUCCUCCUCCUCCUGUUCCUCCUCAGCCUCCCUCCUCGUCCUCAUCUGUGUCUCUGAGGCCCCAAUAUGUCCAGUCUGAAUAUAACUAUGAUCCAGAAGGCUACAACCCAGAAUCCCCGGGACUGACUGGUGCAGGCCGUAAUUCUUAUCGCCAGUUUAUCCCCAGAGUCCAAAGCCAACGCUCUAACCUCAUUGGUCUCACUUCUAGUGAAGGACAAGUUUGCAGAGCUGCCAACAUAGUGAUCCAGACAGAGCCUGAAACAGCAUCCAGCUCUCCUAGAAAUAACAUGUCUCGUUUCAACGCUGAACAGGACAUCAGGAAGAGGACAAUGGGAGCCAGUGCAGCUGAGUACCCAGCAGCUAAAAAGCCCUGGAUGGAGAAACCAAACUUUAUCGGUCAAGAUAAAAAUGUUUUUCCAAAGAGGAACCACUAUGUGAACACGAAGCUGGAGGUGCGCAAGAUCCCACGGGAACUAAAUAACAUCACGAAGCUCAAUGAGCAUUUUAGCAAGUUUGGAACAAUCGUCAACAUACAGGUGGUGUUUGGUGGCGACCCGGAGGCAGCGCUGAUCCAAUACACAAAGAAUGAGGAGGCCAGACGGGCCAUAUCCAGCACACAGGCCGUCCUCAACAACCGCUUCAUCCGUGUGUACUGGCACCGCGAGCCCUGCACCAACACUGCGGGUCAAGAGCAGAACCCAGGGACACAGGGGCCAGCGUCGGCCCCGGGCCAAGGCCUGCAGCACGGCAACAUGCAUAAGGGGAUCAAACAACACAGUCCAGGUGCCUACGUACUGAACAACACUGUACCAAAGCAUCCCCUGAUUGCAGCACCUGGAACCACAAAUGUCAUAAAGAGCGAUGGCCUGAAUCCAAACUCAGACCCUCUCAUUGUUCCCCCUAACACACAGAAAGGUCCCUUCCCCGCUACAGCCCCCAAAUCUUCCUCAAAGAGUCUCGGGAAAACUGGAAAAGCGCUAGAAGCUCAAGAAGCUAUGAAAAAGAAGCAGGAGGCAAUGAAACUCCAACAGGACAUGAGGAAGAAGAAACAGGAGAUGCUGAAGGCACAGAUCGAUUGUCAGAAAGUGCUGAUUAACCGCUUGGAGAAAAACCGUACUAUGAAGCCUGAGGAGCGGGCCAACAUCAUGAAAACCCUGAAGGAGCUAACGGAGAAGAUAACGCAGCUGCAGAAUGAAAUGAACCCCUCCCCUCAGGUCUCAAGUGGCAAAACUCCUCACAACCAACCAAAGACCAAAACUGAUGCCCAGAAAGAGUUGCUUGAUGCUGAAUUAGACUUUCAUAAAAAGAUGAGCUCUGGAGAAGACACCACAGACCUUAAGAGAAAACUUGGACAGCUACAGGUGGAGGCAAAACGACUUGGUCUGAUCCCACCGACGGGUCGGGGCCGAGGCCGCGGGAAGAUGGCGCUUGAUCCCGGCGCGAUACACAUGGGGCGUGGCAGGAGCCGAAGCCGGGAGAUGAUGGCUCGCGGAGGGGUUGUGAACCGCAUGGUUGUGGACCACAGAACCAGAACGCUUGCCAUUUUAGGAGUCACACAGGAGGAAAAGGAAGAGCUAAUGCCGCAUUUUGUGAAAUUUGGUGAAAUCGAAGAACUGCGUGACCAAGAUGCCAACACAGUCAUCAUGACUUUUAAGACGCGAGGCGAAGCAGAGAAUGCAGCCAAUCAGGGAGCCAAGUUCAAAGGUCGUGUUCUUCAGAUUUCUUGGUACAAGCCCAAGACGUCGUCUGUCACGUCCGAGCCUGAGGUGGAAGAGGCUAAAGAUGAGGAGAAGAAGGAAUCGAGCUCCUACCUUCCAGGAAACAACACAGGGGGGGAGGACGAAGAGGAGGAGGAGGACGACGAUGAAGACGACGAGUACGAGAGCCGAUCUUGGAGACGAUAAGACAGAUUUGUCCCUGCAUGCCCUCCAGUGGAUUCUGUUCUUUUCUCUCCUGCAUACAAGGAAACUGUUAUUAUUUUUUUUUAUUUCUUUACAUUACUUUUAGACUUGAAUUAAUGGAAAACAUCUUUAGUUUUUCAGAGGGUCGUUAGUUUUUUUUAGCCCUCAGUGGAACAUGUAGAACGUAUCACUUCUGCUGAGAGUGAUAAAUGUUUUGUUCUUAUAGAUGGAAAACAAAUCUAUGUAUGUUUUAGUGUGCUUAUCAAAUGAUUAAUAUCAGUAAUGCACAACAUUUGUGUCUACUGUGAUUAGGUAUUUUUAUACAUACUGUAUUUAAGCUCUUUUUCUCACCAGUUUUUUGUAUAAAACAAAAGAAAUGAAACGAUCUCACCCUCACUUCAGGGACAGCCAUUCCAUCACCAGUAGAAGGCUUUCUAUUGCUUCCAGAGAGAUUAUUUUUCCACCACAUGGAUAAACUGUGUUGUUCUUGGUAUGGUUUCCACUUUCACUUUACUCUCAGUGUAACUUUCCUUCGGUAAAACUUAGUUCCAAAAUUGAAGAAUUGAUCAGAUAUAUUUUAACUCGCCCAACACUUUUAGGUGAGUGCAGGCGCUGAGCGAUCCCGGCGUAGUUGAUCAGUGUUUACAAAUAACAGUCUCUGUGUCAACCUGACAGUUUUGUAGCAUAUAUCCUGAUUUUCCCCACCUUUUUUCCCCCUCUGUG